AUGAAGAUUACGUUUCUCGGUACGGGCACAUCGCACGGUGUGCCGAUGAUCGCUUGUCGUUGCGCUGUCUGCCGAUCAGAAGAUCCUAAAAAUCACCGCACCCGUCCCUCAAUUGUCAUUACCCUCGACAAGGGCAAAAACAUCCUUGUGGAUACCUCCCCCGAGCUUCGGCUUCAAGUUAUUCGAUGUGGCAUUGACCACAUCGACGCCAUUCUGUUUACCCAUGCCCACGCAGACCACCUACACGGGCUUGAUGAUGUCCGUGCCUAUUCUGAGAUUCAAGGUACCUCCAUCCCUUGUUACGGCAAUCCUGCAACCCUUGACCGUCUCAGCACUGUUUUUGAAUAUGCCUUUCGGCUUCAGCAUCUUGGCGGCGGUAUCCCGCAGUUGGAGCUUGUAACGAUUGAUGGUCCCUUUCAGUUAUUUGGUGUUGAGUUUAUUCCAGUUGAUCUGCUACAUGGAAAGACGGAGGUGCUCGGGUUUCGGAUUGGCAAUUUUGCCUAUGCUACGGACUGCAACCAGAUUUCACCGACCUCAAUGAUUUGUUGA